AUGUCGCUGAUCACCCACCCUUGCGCAGUCUGCGGCCAAACGACGACGCUGUGGUGCAGCCGGUGCCAGAGUAUCUGGUACUGUUCACCAGACCAUCUGCAGGGUGAUUGGCCACGCCACAAAAGGGAAUGCGUCCCCGUCAAUGCCGCCGGUCAUCCGAACACGAUUGCUACUCCGCCGCCGGCGCAACAGCAACUCGUCCAGGUGGCGGCGAUGCUCUUCGCGCCAGAAGAAGAUCGGUCACGGCUAAUCACUGUACAGUGCCGUCCUCAAGGCACUGCUUCUCAAGGAAUGUGUCCCAUGCCGCUUGUGCAAGAUUACUUCACCGAGAGCGUGCCAAACACAAUCAUUCUCACCCAAGGUCUCAACGGGGAGCCCCUUCGAUUCCCGUUGCAUAUAUGGUACUGUCCCAAGGCGCUCCAGCGUGGUUCGCCGGUCAAUCGCGCGAUUCACCGAAUCACAUCUGGCGCCGCUGCCAGGCCAUGGUGCGGAACCGUGAUCGUGCUCAAAUUCAAUGGCUCGCGUAGGCAGGGUUACUCUGAUGCGAGCACCAACGAUCUACCCGCGCUCUCCGCAUAUUUCUUGGCGUAUAAGUAA